CAGUCGGAGCUGAAGAAGCUUCUUUGGAUGAGAAGUGAAGCGUCUUCGAAGAAAAACAAGAAAGUCCAGUUCCCUCUUGGAAAAAAAAAGGACACCUUUUGCAACAAAGGUGACGAGAAAAAUCGAAACACGGGGCAAAACCCGCUUAACCAAUUUUUCACUUAGCCGCAUUCGUUUCGGGCUCAAUUGUUGUAAAUUGAGGACUGCCUGUAGAACGACAACCGGGCUUUUGUGUGUGUGUGGGUGUGGGUCACGUUUUUAGGUUAACAUGACCCACCCCAAAAGCCCAGUUGUGAUUCUUUUGGUCUGCUAGAGGAAAAUUGGGCCUUUUUUGUUUUGUUUUUUGUUUUUUCGGGGUUUUUUUUUCCCAGCAAUGCUCAGAUUUUCCGCAAGUUUUUGAGAUUCCCACGCUCCCCGUUCUGAUCUCUGCUCUGUUCUUCAGACCCUGGAUGACGUCAUCAAGGAUUUAAUGGCCGCCAUCCACCGGGAACUGACGGAGAAGCAGUCGGUGUCCUUCAGCCUCUCCUUCCCGCCCAACAAGAUGGAGCUGACCGUCACCAAAUCCGACAGCACCGACUCUCACAUUUAUGAAUUUCCCAAUCCGGAUGCCCGGCACAGUUUUGAACAAGGCUUCGAGGACGCGAAGAAGAAGCUAGCUUCUAACAAAAACUGUCUGGAUCCUGAGUUCCUGAAGGCAAUUCCCAUUAUGAAAACACGGAGCGGGAUGCAAUUCUCCUGCGCCUCCCCCAGCCACAACAACCCGGAGAACGCCUACGAAGUCUGGGUCUGCAACAGCGACGGCUACGUGGGGCAGGUGUGUCUUCUCAGCAUCAAGAAGGAGCCCAUCGUGGAGGCCUGCAUCGCUGUCUGCUCUGCCCGGAUUUUGUGCAUCGCCUCCGUGCCGGGUCUCAAGAGGAUCUACAGGGAACAUCCAGUCUCUCUGGCCAGCCCAGCCUCGGAGCCGGCAAACCCCACCCUGGAUGAGGCUGCCCCUCAACCGUGUUUGCACAUCUCCAUUUCUGGAUCUUCUCUGGAGAUCUUGGAGCCGAUGGACACUGCUGGCCAGGAACUCGUCCCGUUUGACAGCGAUGACACCGACGACGAGUCCUCGCCCAGUCCCUCUGGCACCCUUCAAAGCCACUCCACCAUCUCCAGCUUUACCAAUGAGGAGAGCCCCAGUUCCAAAGAUGUGACGGCCGAGACCACCAGCUCGGAAGAGGAGCAGGACCCCAGUAGCUUCCUCCCCAUCGGCCGCCCCUUCGCCCCGAACCAGAUCGGCGAGAGCCCCAUGGACGGCCGAGCUAUGAGGCGCUCCAGUCAAGGCUCCUUCACCAGGGCCAGCCUGGAAGACCUGCUCAGUGUGGACCCCGAGGCCUAUCAAAGCUCCAUGUGGCUGGGCACCGAGGAUGGUUGCAUCCACGUCUAUCAGUCUUCAGACAACAUUCGCAACAGGAAGAACAGCCUGAAGAUGCAACAUUCGGCCUCCGUCACCUGCAUUUUGUAUCUUGAUAACCAGGUGUUCGUGUCUCUGGCCAAUGGAGAACUGGUCGCCUAUCAGAGAGAGGCAGGACGCUUUUGGGAUUCUCACAACUCCAAAUCUCUCUUGUUGGGCUCUCCGGGCAGCCCCGUAACCAAGAUGGUGGCCGUGGGCGGGAAGCUCUGGUGUGGAUGCCAGAACCGAAUCGUUAUCCUCAAGACUUCUGCGCUGCUUCAGGAGCACACAUUUGUGAUCGGGCAAGACGGCACCCGCAGUGUGACGUGCCUGGUGACCUCCAGCGUCGGGAUUUGGAUCAGCCUCCAAGGCAGUGCCCACGUCAGGCUUUAUCAUCCUGCCAGCUAUGAUCAGUUGGCGGAAGUGGACGUCACCCCUCCGGUCCACAAGAUGCUGGCAGGAUCAGACGCCAUCAUCCGACAACACAAGGCGGCUUGCUUGAGGAUCACCUCCCUCUUGGCCUGCAAAGAUCUGCUCUGGAUCGGCACCAGCGCAGGGGUCGUGUUGACCCUCCCCAUCACCGGCAACCCUGCUGCUUUGAAGACCCCUCCUCUGCCCGUUGGACUGUCCCAAGGCCACACCGGUCACGUCCGAUUCCUCACGUCCAUCGAGCUGCCCGAGGGAUUUAAUGUUCUUUUUCCCCUGCCAGGAGAAGCAGGUGCGGAAAAAUCGAGCGACUUGGACAAACGGGAUGCGACACGACACCGGCCUUCCAAGUCCAAAAUGCUGGUGGUCAGCGGCGGAGACGGCUACGAGGAUUUCAGACUCACCAACAGCAGCGAGACCGUCGGCCGGGAUGACAGCACCAACCACCUCUUGCUCUGGAGGGUCUGAUGUGGGUCAGAACGGGGCGCCCCCCCUGAUUGUGGGGCAAGGCAGAGAGAGCAAGAGAGACAGACCCGAAUUCCCGUCCUCGCCGUUCACACCUGAACGGGUGAAUUUCUUUAGCUGUGCCUCAUCCUCC